ACAGUUCGUUGAGAUCGAUAUUUCUCCCAAACAAAAACAAAAGCUUGCAUAAAAUUACGAUUGUUAGUCCGUUUUUUUGCAAACAAAUUUGCUAUUAGAAUUAUUAAAUUAAAAUAAUUUAAAAAUUUUACACCAUAUGGCUAACACUGCAGAACAAACCAAGGGCAAACGAGUAGCAAGUACAAAAUGCUCGUCAUUACAAGGAAUUUCAAAGCCAAAAGUGGUUCCGUCUAACUCGAUUGUUUUGGAACAAAACGGUGAGAAAAAAAUACUGAAGAAAGUUAAGUUGAAGGCUCCGCCGAAAUCCGGUAAAAAAUUGCCACCCGAGUCUAAUAAAAGCAACGAAAAAAAUACGGGAACACAAGAAACGGCAGCUGGGAAGCCAAAGUUUGUAUGUACAUUCUGCAAAGUCGCUUUCCACGAGCAAGAAGCGCUGAAGAAACAUUUCUUGAAACAUGGCAAUCAAUCUCAAAUCGGGAAGAACCCGGAUCAGGCCGCAGGUUCCGGUAGGGAGAGUACCAUUGACCUCAUCGAAUGCGAGUGGUGUCCGGAAACGUUCACCCAGUUGUCACGAGCCAUAGAACACAAGUACCGGAAGCAUAACUACGAGAGCAAAAACUAUUUCUGCACUCUGUGCGGCAAGCUUUUCCCACUGAAGGUGGCCCUGGAUCAGCACCAGAACAGCAUCCAUAAGCAUGAUAUGAAGAUGAAUGUACCCCGUCUGGAUUUCAUUUGCGGCUUUUGUGGAACAGCUUUCAUUUCCGAGUCCGCUUUGGAUUCGCACGUUAAGACGGCCCACAAUUUGGAAAAACGAAUGAUGGCUCAUCCCUUUAUCCCCAAUCCGUCGAAGAAGGUUCGGCUCAAUCAAGCUGGCGAGAUAAUCUCCAUAUACUAUUGCCAUUUGUGCGGCUCGGAGUACAUGCUUAAGUUCAAUCUCCUGAAGCACAUCGAGGACCACCAUUCGUACGAGGACCGGUGUGCCAUGCCGGAGGAUAUGCUCAAGUGUAGCACCUGUGAUUCUAUGUUCUACACAAAAAAGGCCUUCGACGCUCACAAUGUUCACCACAAACCGGAGGACCUCUAUGUCACCAGUGAAGAGCAAAGGUUGAACAUUGUGGCGAGGGUGGAUCAGGACUUUGACUUUCGGCGAGUCCCGACCGCGCUCGAUAAGGCCUUGGGAUCGCUUAGCAGCAGCAGUACAGACUCGGCGGUCACUCUUGCUAAAAAGCAUGGAGGGAAAGCUAAACGCGCCAAAGGUACUUCGAGUACGGCAACCAACAACUCAGCGUUGAAAUUGCAUUCCAGUGGGGAAGUUAAUGGAAUUGACGUACUAAAAAUGCUGUUGGAAGGAGCUGGAAAGUGAGUAUAGAUGUUCAUAAUUAUAACUUUCUGAUUAAUUUAAGUAGUACCUAGUAAUGAUAAGGAUUAAUCUGCGAAUAAAAUAUCGGAAUGACUGCAUACGACAAA